AUGGCAGCAGCAUUGAAACGUAUUAUUCCCUUAUUCGAUCGUGUACUUGUCGAACGAUUCGCUAAGGAAACAACAACCAAAGGUGGUAUUCAUAUACCUGAAAAAUCCAUUGGCAAAAUUCUCAACGCUACUGUUGUUGCCGUUGGUAAGGGUGUUAGACAAAAAGAUGGUACUCAAGUUCCAGUGAGUGUUCAAGUCGGUGAUAAAGUUCUUUUACCAGAAUAUGGUGGCACUAAAGUCGAAAUAGAAAACAAAGAAUACUUCAUCUUCAAAGAGGCUGAUAUUCUCGCACGAUGGGAAUAG